GUUUUCUAUGGUAUUUUGAACGUAAGAGUGACAGCUGUCAUCUUGACAUUUAUCCAGUGAUUCACCAAUUUGAGAUUAUUGAUUGAACGAAAACAAAUAGUUAAAUGUUAAAUAAAUUUUUAAGUUAAUGCUACAGAUUAAAUUACAGCUGUGAAACAUGGAGAGUUACUCAUAUCAAAAUGGGGCCCAAAAGGAGCAAGAUUUUCAAAAGCUGGCCCAAACAAUCGGCACCAGCAUACAAAAAAUCACCCAAAAUGUCUCAUCUAUGAAAAGAAUGGUAAACCAAAUUGGCACCCAUCAAGAUUCCCCAGAUUUAAGAAAACAACUACAUUCCAUCCAACAUUAUACCCAACAACUAGUUAAAGACACAAAUGGCUGCAUUAAAGAACUCAAUGCCAUUCCAGCAUCAGUAUCACAGUCUGAGCAGAGACAAAGGAAAAUGCAGAAAGAGAGAUUACAGGAUGAAUUUACAUCAGCCUUGAAUAUGUUUCAGACAGUGCAAAGGAGCACUGCUUCUAAAGAAAAGGAACAAGUCAACAAGGCUAAGGCCCAAGCUUAUGGUGGAGAACCAUACAUUCCGGGCUAUAAGAAAGAUCAACAGCUCAUUGAGCUGCAGGAUAGUGGUGCAAGGCAACAGUUGCAAAUCCAAGAGGAGGAAGAUUUACGGUCGCUUCAAGCCCAGGAACAGUCAAUAAGACAACUAGAGAGCGAUAUUAACGACGUGAACCAGAUUUUCAAAGAAUUGGGCGCGCUGGUGCACGAACAGGGAGAAACGAUUGACAGCAUAGAGGCAAGCGUUGAACGGACGGAGAACUACGUCAGAACUGGUGCCACGCAGUUGCGCGAGGCGAGCACGUUGAAAAACAAAAUCCGUAAAAAAAAACUCAUCUUAGCCGGAAUUGGCGCAAUCAUUUUAGCUGUGAUCAUACUGAUUAUUGUUUGGCAAACGAAUUAAAAUUUAGAUUUAGUGGAAUUGAAGUUGAAUGUUUUGGCAAUAUAAAGAAGCAUAUUAAAUACUAUAUUAAAAGUUCUAACUGUACAUACACUUAAUUAAUUAAUGUGUUUCGAUUUUAUUUGAUUUGGUGCCAAAGGAGGAAAAUUCAACUUUGUUGCUACUAAUUUCGUUCUUGUAUUGUGAUUUGUUGGUUUUAUUUAAAGAGCAUAUAAAUUGUAAUUAUAGACUUAUGUUAGAUUUGCUAUUUACCUAAUUGUAAGUAUUAACAAGAUUUACAUUUUAAUUGUAGAUAUAUGUAUUAUAUUAAUGGAUAUUAAAUAAGUUACAACUAA